AUGGCUCCCACUCUCUCCAAGCCUACGCUCUUUCUGGGCCUUCUGGCCGCACAAUCUCUUGCCACGCCUACUCCUGAUAAGCGUUCUGCCGCUCCUUCUUGCGUAAACAACGCCAGCAACGGCCAGGUCUACCAGGGCACCAACUCCCAGUGGAACAUCGAGUGUGGCACUGACUAUGCCGGCGGUGACAUGGGAAUGUCCUGGGUCGACUCCUUCGAGGCCUGUAUCAGGGACUGCGACGCCACCACUGGAUGUCUUGACGUUGCUUUCGUGCAGCCAAACGCGUGCUACAAGAAGAACGUCCUCACUCCGGCCGUCGCCAACGCGGGCGUGUGGACUGCGAAGAAGGCUGGUGCUUCCAGCUCGUCUUCGUCCCUUACCUGCGUGAACAACGCCGCCAAUGGACAGUCGUACACGACGUCAAAGGGCAUCUUCAACAUCGAGUGCGGCGUUGAUUAUGCCGGCGGCGACCUGAGCUCCUCGACCGUCGCUUCGUUCGAGGCCUGCAUCAACGACUGCGCCUCGACCACGGGCUGCAUCGACGUCAGCUACGUCAACGGCGCGUGCUACAAGAAGAGCACGCUCAACAGCGCCGUUCAAGUCUCCAGCGUCUGGACCGCCAAGCUGAGCACCGCUUCCACCUCCUCAGGCCCUUCGUGCCCGGCGAGCAACGGCCUCAGCACCACCGUCUCCACCGGCGGCGCCUACAACAUCCUGUGCGGCACCGACUACGCCGGCGGCGACAUGAAGGAGGUCGACACCACCUCCUUCGAAGCCUGCCUCGAGGCCUGCGACCAGAACACCGGCUGCGUCGCCGUCUCCUACGUCGCGCCGGCCUGCUACCUCAAGAACGUUCUGAACACGCCGAAUGCCGUGUCGUACGUGUGGGGCGCGACGAAGGCGAUCGAUGUCCCGACCGCGUGCCCGGCGGCCGAGGGCAAGACGGUGACGGACGAGAGCGGCAACUCGUACACGAUCAAGUGCGACUACGACAGCCCGGGCUUCGACUUCUACGUCGUCAAGGCGGAUAGCUUUGACGCGUGCAUGGAUGUGUGUGCCGGGCAGCAGGACUGCGUGGGCAUCGCGUGGGUGCCCGACUACAACGACUGCUGGCCCAAGUACUACAUGCCCGAUUACGCCUUCUUCUCCGACGCGACGCUCAACUACGACGUCUGGCUCGCUAUCAGGGACGCCGAGGAGCCUGAGCUUGAGGAGCCGACCGAGCAGGAGGGAUGGAAUACCCCCGAGCCGGAGGAGCCUGUGGUCUCCUGGUCUGAUGAUGAGGAGGAAUGA